CCAAACUUUCUGUCCUGAGAGAGGAAACUUUCACAGUGGUGUAAGUGAAGAACACAUUGAAGCUCACAAAACCAACUCAACUCCUGAUGCUUUUUGCUCCUCUCAGAUUGAAGAUCUGUCCCAGCAAGCUCAGUUAGCAGCCGCAGAGAAGUUCAAGGUUCAAGGAGAAGCCGUUUCAAACAUCCAGGAAAACACACAGACGCCCACAGUACAGGAGGAGAGCGAAGAGGAAGAGGUUGAUGAGACCGGAGUGGAGGUCAAGGACAUUGAGCUGGUCAUGUCACAGGCCAAUGUAUCCAGGGCAAAGGCCGUGCGUGCACUGAAGAAUAACAAUAAUGACAUUGUCAAUGCUAUUAUGGUGAGUUAAACUGAUAGCUUUA